GUUUGGUGAGAAGUUGUUGAGCGGUCGGGAACCAAAGUCAGUGAAGGUUGAUAAGGUAAGCUAACGGUUCAGUAGUUUUACAUUACCCUCCUCUUGUAUUGAAUAAAUAUUUAUUUUGUAUCAAAAGAAUAUGACAAGAAAAAUUUACUUGAUCUUAUUUUGAAAAUGUUUCCUAUAUUCGAAAUAUUUUGACCAAAAUAAUCAUAAAUCAUGCAGUCAGCUGUCCGCCAUUUUGGAUUAUUGCGGAUAAGUAGCCUAACAAGCAGGUUCACGCAAAAAUUAUACCCUUGCUGUAUAUACAAAUUAUAUGCAAAAAAUUAUACUUCGGUCACUAUUUCAAAUACAAAUUGCUUAUUGACAGCAUUUUUAGCAUCUAUACUAAGUAAAUUGUCAUUCAUUUGGUAAUCUGGGAGUAUCAUAUAUGGCUAAUCCUAUAAUACCACUGCGUUAAUGAGUUCAAAAACAAAAUCCAAUAUGGAUUUUCAGUAUUGAAAGAGAGUUCUAUAUAAUGAUCAUAUUAAACGUUCUAUAAAUGGGACAAACUUAAUUUCGACUGUUUGGGAUAUUUAGAUUUAAGAUAUAUUCAGCGGCAUAACCGGACAUUUUGCCGCUAAAAUGAUGCGGCUGUUUUAUGUAAUAACUGCAUAACUUGUGGGUGCCAAAAGUAUGAGUCCACUCCCAUUUUGCCAAAAACUUGAGAAAAUUUUGUCUCCAUGUUGGUACAAUUUAUUUUUUAAAACUAUGAUACCGGCACAUUAGGGGAACGGUGAUUAUUUAUUUCUUGGACAAAUUUUUUAGGCCCGUUUCAGACGGCGUACUGUUCAUGUGCCGAAUUUACUUGUAUUAGAUGCGACACAAGAACGGCAGUGAUUCAAACGGCGUACCAAAUACAAUGUUAUUGACAAGGUUGGGGCGCAUUCGCCAGCGAAACCUAAAUAAAAUUCAAAAUAAAUAAAAAAGUUUAUUUUUAGACUAAAGUUGAGUUAAGUUUGGCACAUGAGUGGAGCGGCGUGUGAAUCAAUGUCAGUCCAACGUCGCAUAAUGCGACAAGCUCUGUCGAACUUGUGUCGAACUUUUGCCGCUCCAAAUUCUGCCGUACUUAAUUGAUCCAUACGUCGCUCUUCUGCCGUACCUAAUUCAUCAAUUAAGUUCGGCACAUGAUAAGUACGCCGUCUGAAACGCGCCUUAGUGACCCAACCUUCAAAAGAAAAUUUUUCUCCACCCAACCCCAGCACUCAUUCAAAAAUCUUAGAUUCACCCUAACUUAAUUUUGUCAAUUGACUUAUUUAAAAGCUAAAUUGACUUAUUUAAGUUUUUGAGAGAACAAAAAAGCCAACAAGUAUGAACUCUGUCUCAAUUUAUCAUGACUGUUAAGCCUAUUUAAUUUUCCAUUAGGCGGAAUUUUGCGCGCGGAGCGGAAUUUUUCUUUGUCUUUUCUAAUUAGUUCCACCAGAGAAAUCACAAGACAAAGAAAAUUUCCGCUCCGCGCGCAAAAUUACGCCUAAUGAAAACCGGAUUAAUGGCAGGUUCAAAUGGAAUACUUAUGGGCAAGUCUAAUGGAAUACCUUGCAAAUCGACAUAGAAGUUUGCAGUGCCUUAGGGAGCUCUUUUUAAUUAGGGGAGAGAACGAGGGCCGAAGGCCCGAGGAAAUUUUUAAAUUUAGAGUCUCUGAAAUGCCAUUUCCUGGACUUUGGGGAAGUUUUGACAGAAUUCUGAUGGUCAGAAAAUAGUGUUUUAGUUUGUCGAAAUUUACAAUUUGCUUACAAUUUAGUAGUACUAAAUGGGCGAAGGCGUAUUUAAUUAACUAUACUUAUUUUUCACCCGGCUCGGUUUCCUUUGUUCUUAUCGGGGAAUAUAUUCAAUAUUCCCCUCUAAUCAAUUUCCGUUUAAUAAUCCCCUCUAAUAUUCCCCUGCAAUUAAUAAUCCCCUCUAAUAUUCACCUGCAAUGUCUUUGCAGCACAAAAAAUGAGAAAAAAACAACAUAACGAAGGCAAUAUGGCAUUAAGAAUUAUUUCUAUUCUGACUCAUUAACGCCAAUAACGCGACCUCGCAGUGUGAAAAAUAAGUACGUUAUUUUGAGGCACCUCGGGGAUAUGUGUUUAUUCACCUCGGCGCUGCGCGCCUCGGUGAAUAAAUCACAUAUCCCCUCGUUGCCUCAAAAUAACCUAUACGUAUUGGAGAAAUUGCAGGAAAGUAUGUAGCCGCUUAAAAUUAAUCAAUUGUCAGUAUUUUAAAGGUUGGAUGAUAAAGAUUUGCAUGAUUUUGAAAAAAAGAAUGAUUGUUAGCAAAUUAUUGGGAGGGCUGCCCCACACAGCCCCUCCCCCCCCCCUCCCGGGUUACUACGGCCUUGAGAAGUCAAUAAACCGAAAAAUAUUUACCGAUUUACUAUUUGUUAAAUGUUAUCCAUGCAAAUGCCAUGAUUUCGUAAAUCAGUUUAUACUGAUACUACAAUUAUAUUAUAUUUUCUCUGUUUAACAACUAAAAUUUUAUUAUACUGAUUAUUGACCUAAUUUUCCGGAUGGCCAACCCGAUUUUCCGAAUAUGUUAAUUCUAAAAAAGUUGAGGGGAGGGGGUAAACCACCCCCCAAUACCCCUCCCCUUGCUACGGCCCUGUCCAAUUUAUUAUUUUGUGUAUUGCAAAGCCAAUAUCAGUUCCCAGUGCAUUGGAGUUCACAGUACUAAAUAGCAUUUAUUUUCGAGGAACUAUUGUUAAAAUGUUUACAAGUAACUAAUUAACAAUAAAUUUUAUAUACAAAUAUAUAGCAGGCAUAACUAUAGGUGAAACGUUUCAAAACGGAGAGGCACACUAUAUUUUUGUAUCAAACACAGGCUUGACAGGCUCGAUUUGAUGUAAACGACCUUCAGCGUUUUAAUAAUUCAUGCGAAAUUUAAAAAAAACAACAUUUUAUUCUAAUGUAAAUGUAUAAACGGGUCAGUGUCUGGUUGGCUGGGUACCGAGUAUAUAUAAAUAAAAUAAAACAAGAUUGACAAGAAAAUUACAUACACCUUUUCUCAUUUGAUUCCUUACUGUGUUUGGAAUGUUUUCCCAUGACCAAGUCCGAAAAUUCGCUUCGUAGUCGACUCAAAAGCUUAAGAUGCAUCAAGAUGCACGAGCUUAAGAUGUACGAGCUUCAGAUGUACCAAAUCUACAGCUCUGGGCGAACUAGGAAACAUUGUUUCCUGCCAAUGUUUCGCCAUGUUUCCCAAGGUGGACAAACACUAAGAAACAAUAUUUCCGCAACAAAAAUCGCACUUGGGAAACAUGAAAUGUUUCUGAAUUUGCAUUGAUAGGAAACAUUUCUGCUUCUCGGGAAGCAAAUUGUGUUUCUGUAACGAUGUUUCCACGGGUAGGUAAACACAAAAACAUUUGAGGAAACAUGGCGAAUCACAAUGUUUCCGCAACAAUGUUUCCUAGUUUGCCCAAGGCUUACGACGCGGAACGUGACAUAAAAACCGUUGCUAAUGUUUGGAAUCCAGUUUUAUUAUAUGCAGCUUCACUUGUGUCUCUGACUUUGUUUACCAAUUCACUUGUGUCUCUGACUUUGUUUAAUUUUUAUCCGUGUAGUGAGACUGUGGGAAUAGUUACAGUUUUUGUCCACGACCGCGUCGUAGAUUUGGUGCAUCUUAAGCUCGCUAUUGUCUAAACAGCACCAAGAUGCAAACGGUAUAUAAGAAUGUGUAUACACCCGCUAGUAAUCGGAAGCCGCACGGGGCGCAAACAGUUUCUCAAAUUUCAUGUAUUUGGACUAUUUGGGCGUGAAACUUGAAAGAGCCUGAACAUGUUUCCUGGAGUUAAAUAAAAGAGGAGAUGGUUAGCAAUGUUUUUUAUGGGUUUUUUUCUAAAUUAAUAAAACAUGAAUGGAUUCCAGAACAACCUGGGCUCUGGAUUCCGGAUUCCUCAGUUAUUUGGAUUCCGGAUUCCACUGUCUGGAUUCCGGAUUCCAAGACUCUGGAUUCCGGAUUCCUAAACCAACAAAAACCCAGAUUCCGGAUUCCGGAUCACCCAUAAAAUUUUGUUUACUCACCCAUUUUCUCUUUGGGAUCCCCCCGGCCAUAAAUAAUGACCGGUCCCUAAAAAACAGUAUGAACUUCGAAAACGUAGCUCUCGCGUCUUCAGAAGGAUUUUUCUUCGCCGAUAAAAAAGUAGUUGUACUUUGAUAUAAACUGUUAAUCCAAAUUUUGUUCUUAUUCUAGCGAGAUAUGCACAUCCUUAUUUUGGACGAAGUUGAUGGACGUAUCGUUGUUAGACACAGUGGGGGAGCUGAUAGUGGAAACAGUAAGUGUAUUCAUAGUCAAUCGACAUAGGUCUAAAUAUUUAACAAUUAUUGACUGAAAAAUUAUCAAGGCCAAAGUUUGUGUUAUAAACGAAGCCAAAGGCUGAGGUUGAUGGCACAAAUUGGGUCUUCAUAACUCUCCAUACCUUGAGAAAACCAAAUUCAAUAUUUUUUUAAAUUUAUCGGCACAAAGGCAUCGGCGCAUGAAGGUUAAAUUCUUCGGAAUAAUAAUCAGUUUUUUUAACCAUAAUUUUUAUGCUCAACCUCAUUAAAUAAUUGUUAAAUAUUCAUCACAUAAGAUUCCAGACCAUAUUGCUAUAAUAAUGAGACCAUUUAUCGAACUGACUGCUCGGAGGUGUUCAUGCACGCCACCUAAGGGGGGGGGGGGGGGAUUAUUCCAGUGUAAUUGUGUUAAAAGUAUUAAAAAUUGGCCUGUUAAUAGGGGUUUUACUAUACAUUUAAUACUCCUUGACCUAACAUAUAUAAUUUAUCUUUUCAUUUUUGCGUCUCCAGGUAUUGUGAAGACCGGCGAUCUGCUCCUGUGUGUUGGAAAUGUCAGUUUAGUUGGACUGUCAUUGGGUCAAGCUCAGUCAGUUAUUGAUGAUAUGUUGAAGAGAGAUGAAGUGAGCACUUUAACAUAUAGUUUUGUCAUACAUUUACGGUGCAAAAUAUGUCAAUACAUUUCUGAAUGAUCAUUGCGUACAUUGUAGUAAUACUCUUUUCGAAACGUUUAUGCCUGAUAUGAUAUAUCCUUUCGGAAUCACAAAUGAUUUGAUGAAUGAAAAUUUGCAUCAACAAGCCAACAAGAUAGUCGAAAUAUUUUGGCAACUUGAAUUCACACCCCUUGAAAAAAUUUUGAAAGUAGGCCUACUGUAUUUUUAUUCUCUUGUGUAGGAGAAAAUUCUACUUGUUAUUGGUGUCACACCAGAUCGUGCUUCUGCUGACUCAGCACCUGUCAGUUCAAACUGGAGUUUCGCUCAGAAGGAUUUAUCCAACAUUGAUGAAAGAGAUUUAGUGUAAGUGUUCAGAAAGUCCGUUUCUAUUAACAUUUAAUGUGAUUAUUAGCGACAUUUUAGCGACAAUUCGCAACACAAAUUAUGUUUUUAUGAAAUUAUUAGCUUGCCAACGACUUGCAAUGCCCUGUGGGACAUCACAUCAACUGGUUUUCCGCGUUUGACGUCAUUAAAAAAGGUCUAUUGAUAUCCCAACAUGAAUUUCAUCAAUUCACAUUAUCGAUUUCAAAACUUUCCGGUGUCACGCGAAAUUCCUGACUUGCUAAAUACAUGAUUAUCAUGACAGAUCUCGUUGAUACUAGAAAUACAUGCAUGCAACAACCCCCCGCUUAUAUUCUCCAAAAAUUGUUUCAACAUGAAAUAUUCGUAAUUACGCCAACGCUGAACGCAGGCUUGCGUUGCUGACGUCAUGUUAGUCAUGGCAACCAGUGAUGGCAACACGAUAAUUGUUUUUUUAAUGUUUUGUACAAACCUGCAAAAAGUAGAUGAAAUUUGAACACUUUUCAAUACAGAACUAUCAAUUUCUAAAAUAUAUAAAGUAGGUAUGUUAUUUUGGUUUCUAUUAAACUCUUCAACUUGAGCUUCAACUUUAAAUUUUGAAAUGAAAUAAAAGUAAUCCGUACAGGACGCUAAUGAGCAUAAUUUGCUUUCCUUUUUAUCAUGAACUUUAAUUUAGACUUGAACAACAAGAACAAUUAAAGUCUAUAAUAAUACAAAGUCAUACAUAAACAAUUGAAACGAUGAAACAAACUUGCCCUAUGGGCUAUACUUUAGGAUUUCCCACACGAAAGUCAAUUCUUAUAAAUGUUUGCGUUUAAAAAUUGAAAAAAAGUUUUACAAUAUGUUAUGUGAAACCUUUUCCAAGCUUUCUUACAUGUAUUUUUUUAUAUUUUUCCCUUCUUCACUCCUGGCAAACAGCCAUAUUUUUAGCUUUUUUGUCGGCCAUCUCGGUCACGUGGUCAUUGAUUAAAAAUCACACGCUGCGUCAAAUACGAUGACGUAAGACGUGAUUGGAUGAUAAAUCUCAUUCACGUGGCAGUAAAUUAACUUUCUGAUUGAAGGAAAUAUUACAAAAUGUCCGCCUUUACGUAAUAAAUAUGCACCUAACAAUAAUUGUUUAAUUCUUUAACCUGUGUAUUUCUGAUGCUGUAGGUACACGACAGAAAUGUAGUCAUUAUUGUGGUUCAUUAACAAUGAAGCGAUUCUAGCAUUAAUAAUUGACUUGCAAAAUUUAUAACUGUAACUCAAUCUAGUCAUCUUAAAUAGAAUUCAGCACAUGCAUUACAUUUUUUCUUCAUUAAUGUAAAAUUAAAAAUAAAUAAAUAGUUUCUAUAGUGUAUAUAUUUAGCCGGUAAUAAUGGUCCAUGCCUAACGUCAUAAAAGUACUAAAUUUGACUUAAUUGUAAUUAUCUUAUUCCCCAAAUCUUGAUCGUUUUUUAAUGUUUGACCACUGUAUGCAUAUACUGAAUUUACGCUUGUAAUAAUGUAAAUUUCUAACAAUUUUAUUGUGACAAUAUUUAAUGGUAAUAAUUUAAUCUACUAAAGUAAAUCAAUUAGUGUAUUAAAGUAAUCAAUUAAAGUAAUUAAUUAAAUUAAUAUAAUUGAGGUAGUCAAUUAAAGUAAUAAAUAAAGUAAUCAAUUAAUGUACUUCUAAUAAAGUGGUCUUAAACUCCGACUUUUCUCUUCCUAAAUUGCUAACAUAAAAAUACCGGCUUAUAAAAUUAUAUUACUGCAAUAAUUACAUGCCUUCUAAAGCGAUUCGCAAGCAUGCAUAAAUAUAUAGCGUUUGUAAAUUCUGAACGCUGAUUGGCUAAGAGCCGUGUUGAUAUAACUCAAUGUUAACACGGAAACGUCGGAAAGUUUCUUUCUUUAUGUUUCUUUGUGUUAUAUUAUAAAAAAAAUAUAAAACAUUUUUUCCGUAUUGAUAUAUACAGUUAUAUCAACACUAGUGGAAAUUGGGAAAACUCGAAAUUGUGUGAAAACACUCCGCCCUUCGGGCGUCGUGUUUCCACACAAUUGCUCGUUUUCCCAAUUUCCAUUCGUGUUGAUAUAACUGUAUAUCAACACGGAAAAUGUUUUAUAUUUGUUAAAUAUAACACAAACCGAGUGCUUGAUAAUUAUUCAUAUCUUGCGAAAACCGAAUUUAAUAAUUGUUUUAUUAUUUUUUAAAGAAGAAAAAUACAUCCCCACCUUAGGUUCAAUUUCUCGAAAUAAUUACUAGUUCUUGUUUCCCAUUUGCAGGAAACCUUUCCCUUUCUUUCAUAAGUACGUUAAGAUGUUGCAAAACUUUUCGUGGCUGUUUUUGUUGAUAUGUACUUCUUGUUAAUUUUUAAAAAUUGUUUCCUUCAACCUGCAAACACGACCGAAGGCGCAAUUUUCCGUUUCGUAAACCGCCACGGUCAUAAAUCAUUUCAUUUAAUGAACUGCGGUAACAAUUACAAGAUUAAAAAUACAAUACUCAGCUAGGAGAGGCUAGCAACUGGCCCAAGGCCCAAACAAGGCAAAUCUUCCUAAGAGCGCACAUGAGCCACACAACAGCCACAUAUUACAUUUAUAUAAAAAGAAGAACAAGGACAAGAAAGAAAAAAGAGACAUAGAGCUAGAAACAGCAGUGACAUGCUGAUUUUAGCGGAAGAUUAAAUUUUUUGUGAUAUUUCGUGCACAUAAUACGCCAAGUGUAAAUGUGAUGGAUUUUAGGUAUUGCUGUAAAACUAAAUGUUUUCGAAGUGAUCUUUUAAACGAGUUUGUUGUUAACAAUCCGUGUCACCACAUUUUGUGUUUUAACAACAUGACGUCAUACUGUUAGAUAUUAUUUUUUCAUAUUCAAUAUUCAAACGGUUGAAUAUGAUUUUUCGUACUCAACGUUAUGACGUAAUAACGUUGAAUAUUCUCUCAAAACUCCAUAUUUGGUCAGCAAAUGUGUUUAUAUGACAUUUCACGUUUGGCUGCUAGCCAAUCAGAAAGCAUGAAUCCUUUACAUAAAUACUAAUUAAAGAAUUCAAAUUCAUUGUUUCUGGACCAGGUUCAUCAUUUGAAGGUUGAAUCUUAAAAAUUCAAUGCGUGUCUUAAAAAUUCAAUGUCUCAUUUCUCUGAUUCGCCCUUUAUCCAACUUUUCGUUUAUCCAGCUUUCCAACAAUUUCAAAAUAUUUCCUUUUCUAGGCGUAAGCUUCCACCUCAUUAAAAACAUAUCAAACCAAAUCUUUAAUGUUAGGAACCACAAGCCAUUAGUUUAACAGCAAACAAGGCGGAAGUCUCUUUAAACUCACAUUUUGCGUAAGCUUCCACCUCAUUAAAAACAUAUCAAACCAAAUCUUUAAUGUUAGGAACCACAAGCCAUUAGUUUAACAGCAGACAGGGCGGAAGUCUCUUUAAACUCACAUUUUCGAAGCCUGAAAUAGACCUUAUUUCCAUAACUUGGUCAAGUUGAAAUAUUGGUGGCGACACCUUCAGCGAUUUCAGAAGGCGAACGUUUGAUUAUUUUGGUAAGACAAAUAUCAAUGGAUAAAGACGAUAGGAUAAUUAUUUUAUCUUAUAGUAAAAAAAUGAAUUAUAUCAAAGCUGACAUUCAAUACCACAAAACAUUGUCUGGCAGGGGUGUGUGGAUUUUUGCAGGCGCACUGCACGCGUCUACAACAUGAAUAGGACAACAUCACGUCAUGGAUGAGUUGCCGUUUUGCAGACCCUCUUUUGUUUUACGCGGCUAAUUGUCCCCUGGCGAUCCCAUAACGCAUUGCGUUAUGUGCAAAUGCAAUGCAUUAUCGGAUCGCCAGGGGGUAAUUGGCCGCACAAAACAAAGAACCAGCAACUCAUCGAACCGGCAACUCAUCCAUUGCAUAGCUUUCCAUACGUUAUGAAAAAUUGCUACGACGAUUUGUCAGUCUUAAAACGUAUAUUGUUGCAAAUCGCAGUCCUGAGAACGUAUUUUACGUGUAUUUAAAGAAUAUUAAUUUGCAGCAAUAAUUACCUAUCAAGGCUUUCAUGUUAUAAGGACACUACGGUGGUCAUUCAUGCAAAUGCUUUUGGAAAUUACCGAGCGGGGGAGGGAGGAUGUGCCCUCCUCAACCCCUCACCUAGACCCUAAUAUCCGGUACUGAACCUUUGCAUAAAUUCUCUCUCCAAAGCUGUUUACUAUUUUGUUAACAAGAAGGUUAAUAAUUAUAAAAAGUUCACUUUGAAAUACGACACGGAGAAUACUACUGGUCAUAUCGUGUAAUAAUUACGGGAACCACUCAGUAUUUUAAGAAAAUACAAAAAACAGUAACUCCGAAUAACAUUUUGAUUUUUAAUCGACGUUUUGACUAGUUUGUUGUCAUCUUCAGGAUUAAGAAUCUUAAUGAUAAAAAGAUUAAUCAUUCUUAAUCCUGAGGAUGACUACAAACUAGUCGAAACGUCGAUUAAAAGUCAAAAUGUUAUUCGGAGUUACUGUUAGUUUGUAUAUCGUGUAAUAGUAACAAGCAUUUAUAUAUAUUGUACGAAAAUUCGUUGCGUAAUUUAUGAAAUAAAAUCACUUUAUAUUUCACUUUUAAAUGAUAAUUAUGUUCUUUUUUAUAGGUUUGAUACCAAAUUCUAAAUCCAUGAAUGUACUUUGUUUUCUUACGUUUCUGGACAUGCUUUUCAACACCUGCACACGUUUGUUUUUCCACGGUGAAAUAUAUUCAGAUAAUAUCUAUCUGUAAAAUCAUAGUUGCAAAGCGUAGUCGUAGUUAAGCCAGUUUUCCACUUCGACCGUAUCGUAGCGUAUUUCUUUGUUUCCUGAGAACUAGAGUGGAAACUAUUGACUUCGACACAAAAGAAAAUGCUACGAUACGGUAAGGCCCAUUUCCACUGAAGAAAAAUUUCCACGGACAGAAAAUUUUCCGAAAAUGUCAUUGUUAAAUGUUGAAAAUUUUCAACUUCCAGAUUUUUUUCGGAACGGAAAAUUUGUGUCGGCCAAUCACAUUUUACAAAAUUUUCUUUCCGCGGAAAAUUUUCUUGAGUGGAAAUGGGCCUUAACGGUCGAAGUGGAUAACUGUUAGUCGUCGCUACAUCUAACAUAGUCGUAGUUUAAUUUAAAGGCGACUUCCACUAAGAGGUCACGUGACAUUAAUCGGCUUAAAACUAGUUGGUAUGAGACUGUAACACGGAGGAAAAGCAAGAUCUCCUUACAAAAUUAAAUGGAUAUAGGAACUUUUUCGGGAUCGCAGAAAUAAGAAACAGAAUGAAGUUUGUGAUGUGGCAAGUUGGACACGUGUCAAACGUCUCAAACAAUAAUAUAUCGUUGGAUUUAUAUUCUCCACAGUAGCUAUAUCGUUGGGAAAAAGAUACGACGUGGCAGCAAUAAUGUAGAAUUUGAAAUGAAAAAUGCACAAAACAGUCAAGAACACAGCCAACAACACAGCUUGAACUGUCUCAUGUCACAGCCUCAAUAACUCUAGUUUUGAUGACGUCGGGUGUUUCAAACAUGUUUCUUUAUAGGCUUGAGUGUAAAUAAAGAGAAUUUUCACAUUAUUUAUGAACAAUUUCAGUUUAAUCACGUGACCGUCUACAAUGUCACCGUUUUCUUUAGGCAUUCAAAGCAUUUGCGAUAUUUACUUAAGAUUGUGCUCUAUAUCCCUCUUGUAAGCACAAAUUCCGUAGCUGCUAUGUAAAGAGAACCUCUUAGUGCAAGUCGCCCAUUAGUUAUUGUAUUGUCAGUGUAUAUUGGAAUGUAACCGUAUAGCAAUCCUUGGAUUAUGCCUCGUCUUUUUCCUUGAUAUGCAUAUCAAGGAAAUGUAUUUUGCAUUCUUUUAAUGGAAAUGUAUUUUGCAUUCUUUUAAUGUUGAACAAUAUCUGAUCAAUACUUCAUUUUUUAGGGACGUAAGCAAAUGCCUAUAACUGACACGCCUUGUUAAAUACUUCACCAAGACAGUGCACUUUCUGUUAUUUAGUUACACGCAUAUUUGUUUAAUAACAAUAAAGGUAAUGGCAUAUCAUAUUCCAAGUUCGGAAAGGUGCCCUACAUUACGUCCAGGGGCGCCGGAAAGACUGAAAAGCGGCGGGGUAGAAUCUUGAAAAAGGCACUUUUUAGAACCUCGUAGUGGUGUCCGAGAGCGUCCUCGCCCGGGAAAUUUUGAAAUCUAGAGUCUCUGAAAUGCCAUUUCAUGCGUUUUGGGCAGAGUUUGACAUAAUUUUGAGUAUUAAUAAAUUUUAAGUAUGUUGGAAUAUUUUGGUAGCUGAUGAUUUCUGAUAGUUUGCAGCCAAAUAUUUCUAUAUAUUGUACAUGCACUAGAUCAGUUUAAUUAAUA